CUCUCUCUCUCUCUCUCUCUCUCUCAGAACCAAAACCCUCGCCUUUAAUUCUCACACAAGAGCUCUCUCUCUCUCUCUCUCUCGCGCACACCGAAACCCUCUUGUAAUCGUGCGAGAGUGCGGGGACGCGGCGGAGGCGGCGGCGGAGGCGAUGAGAGGGUCGGCGGGGCGGCGUUGGUCGGCGGCGGCGGCGGCAUGGGUGCGGCGGCAGCCACCGAAGGCGAAGGCGUUCCUGGGGGUGGUGGCGGGCAUGGCGGCGCUCGUCCUCAUCCGCGCCCUCGUCCACGACCACGAUAACCUCUUCGUCGCCGCCGAGGCCGCCCACGCCCUCGGCAUCUCCGUCCUCAUCUACAAGCUUAUCAAGGAGAGGACCUGCGCCGGACUAUCCCUCAAGUCUCAGUAUUUAACAGCUCUCUUUCUAGCUGUUAGAUUAUACUGUAGUUUGGUUAUGGAAUAUGACAUCCAUACCUUGCUGGACAGUGCUACACUUGCAACUACUUUGUGGGUUAUAUAUAUGAUCCUUUUUAAACUCAAGGCGAGUUACAUGGAGGAUAAGGACAACUUUGCAAUACAUUAUGUGGUGUUGCCUUGUGCCUUGUUGGCCCUUCUUAUUCAUCCUUCAACAUCACAUAAUAUAAUAAACAGGAUCUUUUGGGCCUUUUGUGUUUACCUGGAAGCUGUUUCUGUGCUGCCUCAACUACGGCUGAUGCAAAAUACAAAGAUCGUAGAACCCUUCACAGCUCACUACGUGUUUGCGUUGGGAGUAGCUAGAUUUUUGAGUUGCGCACAUUGGGUUCUUCAGGUUUUGGAUACUCGUGGACGACUGUUGACUGCUUUAGGGUACGGAUUGUGGCCGCCUGUGGUUCUUCUCUCUGAAAUUGUCCAAACUUUCAUCCUCGCGGAUUUCUGCUAUUAUUAUGUUAAGAGUCUUGUAGGCGGGCAAUUGGUUCUACGUCUUCCUUCCGGAGUGGUGUAACAGAGGAGAAACGUUCGCUGCUUCUCAGGUUUAGUAUAUUCUGAAAUAACAACUCAAAUUGGAGGUAGGUGUCCUUUUAAUCUUGUAUUCCCUUCGUCAGUCGCGAGAUUUGAGCUACAUCUUGUGAUAUUUUGAGGUAUAAAUCAAUUGCAGUAAGUUGUACCAAAUCUUAAAUAUAAAAAUGUAGAUAUUUGGAAGGGGGGAAAUGAGUAAAACUAGAAGAGCUUAGCAAUCGCAUUUUUAACACCUAUGUGAUUGAUUGCAUGCAUAUUUAUAUGCUUCAGGGUGCUUAUUUGUGUGUAUUUGGAUUCGCGAGCCGUAUUUGUGCUGCUUGGGCUAAUAAUUAGGUUAAUUUGAGGUUUGUUUCCAAAUGUUGAUAACUUGACCUAAACUGUUACAAAAGGUCUUCCAUGUGA